UUACGACGUUUACGUUAUUCUCUUUUAUCCAACGCGUUCCGUAGUGAAAAAUGGUAUUUAGCAACUCAUUCUUCAAUGAAGAGUCGUUGCUUGCUUCAUUGCUUCGACAAGUACAAAUAAAUACAGAAAUAAGGAAACUUGAUUUUCUGUUAUUCCACCGUUUGAUCAUUUUUUCGUCUCUUUUUUGUUUUUUAUUUUUUGUUUUCACAUUUACUAGGUUUUUAUUCUUCUAUUCCGUUCUCCCUAAACAAGUCUCGUUUGAAUUCUUCUUUCGGUUGCCUGGUUACUCUUUUCUCCUUUUUUUUUUGCUUGUUUUUGUUUUCUUUUUCUCUCUCUUUCUCUCUUUCCCUGUCCCUCCUUUCUCUCUCUCAUUCCUUCCUACAACUACAACAACCAUGUCUGCAAUCUUUGCCGAGACCACCUUUCAAGUUUUAAAGUAUGGUGGUGCCAUCUCGCUUUCCAUAACUGUUAUAGCUCUCGCUUUUUUGUACCGCUAUCAGAAAACCCUUAUUUAUCCCAGUUCUUUUCCUGAAGGUUCUCGCACCGCCGUAGCUACUCCGAAAGAAUUUGGCAUAGACUAUGAACAGAUCUCCUUGAAAACCCGCGAUAAGGUUACUCUUGACUCUUACCUGAUGCUACAAUCUAAAGCCCCCGAGUCUUGUCCCACUCUCCUGUAUUUCCAUGCCAACGCUGGUAACAUGGGUCACCGUCUUCCCAUCGCCCGUGUCUUUUACUCUGCUUUAGGAAUGAACGUCUUUAUUAUUUCGUACCGUGGCUACGGAAGAAGCACCGGUUCUUCCAAUGAGCUCGGAAUGAACAUUGAUGCUCAAACUGCUUUGGACUUUCUUCAACAACACCCCAUCUGCUCUUCCACAAACAUUGUUGUUUACGGUCAAUCCGUUGGUGGCGCCGUUGCUUUGUCUCUUGCUUCCAAAAAUGAGUCUCUCAUUUCUGCUUUGGUCCUCGAAAACACUUUUACUUCCAUCAAGGAUAUGAUCCCUACUGUCUUUCCAUAUAUCGGAUCUCUUCUAAGCCAUUUUUGUACCGAAAAGUGGGAAAGCGUACGUGCUAUCCGCAAACUUCACAACUUGCCCGUUCUCUUCCUUUCGGGUGCUGAAGACGAAAUCGUUCCCCCUCCCCAAAUGCAGCUCCUUUACGGCCUCUGCCCUAGCAAGCAAAAACGCCUUUGCAUUUUCCCUAAAUCCAAGCACAAUGAUACUUGUCUAGGUGAGGGCUACUUUCACUCAAUCGCCGAAUUUUUACGCUCCAACAACGUUCGAACCUCUGCCGACUAACUUCCAUUCUCUAAUGUGUUGUUUCUUGGUAUUUCUUUUCCCCUUUUCUUUUGUAUAAAUUCCUACUCCUUUUUCCAUUUUUCCAUCCUCUUCCUCUCUUUUCUGCCCAAGUCUUUGUAACCUUUUGUUUCUAGACUCCGUGUCACAGUACUAAUUGAUGCCAAGCUAUUAUCAAAGAAUAAUACAAAA